ACUCGCAAGCCGUCACUGAUUGCAGGCUAACAGUAUGGUCAAACUCCGUGUUGAGACUCGAUCAUUCAACUUUACUGACUAGAUCUAGCACUUGCACUGUCACUGCAUGGACUGGUACUGUACUUCCUCUUUCACACGUACACAUGGACACAAGUCAACAAGACUCUGAGCUAGAUGCUCAAAAGAAGCUAGCCAAGGAAUUAUGGGAUGCUGUAGCAUAUCGUGAUAUCAUCAAAGUGACGUCCCUGUUGGGACAGGGGGCGGACCCUAACCACCAGCUCUACUGGAGUGAGGAGAGGAAGAGGGAGCCUCCUUUACACAGAGCUUGUAGUAAGGGCUACCUUGAGAUUGUGAAGACGCUUGUUACCCAUAGAGCUCAUACUGAUAAAGGUGGUGGGAAGGAUAACAUUACUCCACUUCACUAUGCAUGUUGGGGAGGUCAUUUAAAGAUAGUGGAUUACUUGAUUCGAGAAGUCGGAUGUAGCACUGGUGUGAGGGAUAAAUAUAACAUGACUCCUCUUCACUAUGCUUGUGUGGAAGGAAGUAAAGACUUGGUAAAGUAUCUGGUGGAGGAGCUGAAGAUGGAUGUUGAUGUGAGGAAUGAUAAGGGACAAUCACCGUUGGACAUAGCUCUGGUAUAUCUGUAUGAAGGCUGUAUGGAUGUUGCCCUUUACCUGAUGAGUCGUGGCUGUGGUAGUGAUGAGGACAACAACGCCAAACUACUGUGUGCAGCAUGUCGGUGUGGCAAGCUGGACGUGGUGAAGAAACUGGUUGAGCAAGACAAGGUUGAUCCCAAGAAUGUGAGGGAAGAUGAUAACUGGUCCAGGACCCCUCUCCACUUUGCAUGCUACAGAGGACACAAAGAUGUGGUGCAAUACUUGGUAGAGAAGGUCAACUGUGAUAUCGGUGCAACUGACGAUGAGGGGGACACUCCUCUUGACCUUGCUACAAUGGAGGGUUUUACUGAAAUUGCUGACUACCUCAAGUCUCUACCUCAAGAAUCUGCUAUGACUGGAGAAAGUGACUCCAGGAGUGAGGAGAAUAGAUCACCACCCCCAACCAAAAAUCGAAAAGUGACCUCUGGCUCUCUCUCCGGUCAACGGACAUCCAGUGCUGGCAAUGAACAGCCAGAAACAACUGGCACUGCAUUGACUGAUGAAGACUCUGAUGCUCUAAAAAAGUUGCUCCUCGACAACAAAAUCAAAGUUCCCCCCGCCCUGCGUCUACUAAAAUUCGAACAAAUACAACAGCUCCUACGUGACAAAGGUCACAGCGACCUUGCUGCCAACCUCAGGACACAACUUGAUGAAGUUAUCAAAUGGCAGCGGCGAUACCUCGAUAGACUCAUGACUCUAAUGGUCGAUAAAGAAACAAUCGAUAUGUGCACUUUGAAGCUCUUUCUUGUUGGUCCGCCUCACGUUGGGAAAACGACUACACUUAAUCGUCUACUGCAGGUGUACGAAAACAUUCGAUCAGCUGGAGACAAGGCCAAACAUCCCAGCACUCUACUAGCUAACUGUAUCCAGGUCAUGGCAUUGAUUAAUGAAGAUGAGUGGAUAUCUUCCAAGGAUGUCGAUGAAGAAGCCAAGAUGAUUUUUGGCUAUCUAUGUGGCAAUGUGACUCUCGAUGAUUUAGAUCUACCCAAGGAUGAAAUGACAAGUGGUCAAAUAUUGGUAUCACCUUCUGGUGAAAAAGACAUCACACCCAUCAGCCGACAUGAAGAAAGGGUACCUCACAAAGUCAACACACAAACUGUACAACAAGCUACACCUGCUGACUCGGAGGAUAAAGCUGCUGUAGACCAUCAAAACAAACUGGCACAAAUCAUUCUUCGGCUGGGGAAACUGAUAAAGAGCGGAAACUACUCUCAAAUGACCAAAUGUCUUGGCAACACCUUGCUAAACAUCAACGAUGUCGGAGGUCAGCCAGGCUUCUUAGAAAUGCUACCAGCUCUGAGCAACGGCCCGGCCAUGUAUCUAGUGUUCUUAGAUCUGAGCAAGGAACUUGACAAGCCCUACGAUAUUCCAUUUAGUCGAGACGGCAAAGUCAUCACUCCUUAUAAAUCGAUGCACACAGUGAAAACCGCAGUCUCUCAAAUCCUCUCAUCAAUUGCUAGUGUGCGUCACAUGUCAGAAAUGUCAAAGCCUCUCUUAAAAAAUACUAAGUUGAAGGAAAAAUUUGAUGCUUUCUUCACAGCGCCUCCAGUGGCAGCCCUAAUAGGAACCCACAAGGAUAAGCUUGGCAGAGAUUCAACAGACGGCCCAGAAAAAGAAAGGUUGACCAGAGAAAAAAUGGCAGAAAUAAACACAGCAUUGAAGCCAAUCACCAAAACUUUUGAACAAAUUUUAGUUUUUCCCAAGCAAAAUGAACCUGAUGACACUUCCGAUAAAGAUGCAAAUUGCUCUUCUGACAGGAUGUCCUUUUUUCCACUCGAUAAUGAUAAAGGCACAGAGAACACUGAAAUUUCUCCAUUACGUGGCUUAAUGAAUAAAAUAUUCUACUCUCGCUUCGGCAAAACCUCUCUUCCAAUAUCAAAGAAUUGGCUUGUACUAGGAAUUAUUCUUCGAAAGGAAUAUCAAAUUGCCACAGUAGAGGAUUGUAUUGAAAUUGGCAAAAGGCUGGAGAUGAAUGAAGAUGAAACCAAAAUAUGUCUCCUCUACCUUCAUUGUAUAGGCUCAAUCCUGUAUUAUACGAAUGUUCCCAACGAUGACGAUCCACGCUGGCUUCUCAAACGUCACGUCAUCUGUUUACCUCAAGUGAUCUUCGAUAGCAUAAGCCAACUGAUAAUCAUUUCUAUGCAUAGUGUUCAUGGUGGAGGCUACGAUACUGAAUGUGAGCGAGCCGAAUUGAUCAGGAGAGGUCAAUUUUCACUGCAGGCCAUCGAGCGGCAUUGCCAAUUGGAUGUUCAAGUUACAAAGAAUAUAGAAAACAAGUUUCUGAUACCGUCCCAGCCGCUUGUGAAGCUUCUCAAGUACCUUAACCUUCUCUCUGAGAUCACACACAAAGAUGAAGAUGGUGAACGAACCACCUACCUGAUGCCAGCUAUUUUGGAUUGUGCUCCGCAAGACAAGCUGACCAACCCACCUCCAGAUGCCAACAACCCAGAACCACUCCAUAUCACAUUCAGCUUUGGUUACGUACCAACAGGAGUUUUCUGUGGGCUGAUCACUCGACUAGUUUCCCAAGGCCCUCAUGAAAUUCUCGGAUUGACGUGGGAAUUAGUGGAAGAUCAUGUAAAGAGAAACGCUGUCUCCUUUUAUGUUGACUAUGUACACAAAGUGACACUGCUCUCUCACGAUAGAAGCUACGAGAUACGAGUUGAACGCAAUCCAGAACAGAGCGAUUUCUCCCUUCACGAUCUUUGCUCCCACACUCUGUCAGCAAUCCUAUACUUGCUCAAUAUCUUAUUUCCAAAAUUGAUUCUCAGUAUUGCAUUCCAAUGCUCAUGCCCCAAACAUGCAGCAAGCAAGAGUCUUAACAGCCUUUGCACCCUUGUUCAAGGCCGAAAGAUUCACUUCCUGUGUGGUAGAAGUCCUGUCAGCCUCAGUGAAGGACAACAAGUGUGGUUGGGGAAGCACGUGUCUCUAGGAAGCAGCACGGAAUUAGAGGUACUACAGUUUGCUGAGGACGGUUUCUCCUUCUACUGGACCAAAGAGGGCUCCAGACGUCAGAUCAAGACAACUGAUGAUCGCCCCAACGCUCUCAGCUUCCAAAGUGUGAGUGAGAAAGACUUUGGUCACUACCGGUGUGAGGUAAAGGAUCAAGCUGCUGGGAUAGUGGUCCUCACUGUCUACACAGCGCUCUACAAAAAGGAAACAACGACUCAACUACAUGAAGUUACUGAUGGAGUCCCCACUGAGUCAGUUCAUCAUCAUGAGACGACAGCGACUGCAGCUCAGUUGAGUCAACAUUGCUCGGAUGAAGCUCUUCUCCAGUUGUCUACCGAAAUUGCUGGCUAUGGCAAUUACAAGCACAGGCUAGGCCUCAGUGAUGCUGAGAUUGAGGAUAUCGAUCAGAAUCCCCAGACAUUCUUUAGUGUUCCAGGGAAAUUUUACGCUGCUCUAAAGAAGUGGAAAAGGAGAAGUAUUGAUUUCGACAAUCCAUCUAAUUCAACAGCUACUUACGGUCGAUUAGUGGCAAUUGCUGCAAAGAAUGAAGACGGGGAGGCAAUUCGUAGCAUUCACAAGGCCUGUGUCAAGCAUACAAAUAUGUGCGUGCCCUUGGUGCCUUCUACCUGAGGCUGCAUUAUGGAGUGCUACAAUUACUUUCUACAAUACUGUAUACAGGAAGCUGAAGAAAAUAAACGAGAGUUAGAGCUCUUACAUAUUGACGAGUUCAUUGAUGAGCUGCUCAACCAGGACAGUGUAUAUGUCUACACAGGAUUCAAAAGACGUGACAACCAUCCCAGGCGCAAGAGGAGCCAGAGCCGUUCACCCUUACCCUCGCGCCAUCGUCACUCCAAGCACUCCAGUUGCAAGUCUCGCAGCGACAAAGAUGGCCAUAAGACUGAGAAAAAGGACAAUAAAAAGAAGAGUAAGAGCAGAAGCAAAAGAAGCACUAAAGAGACAGAAGAGAUUAGACAGGCCAACAAACUUAGAGCCUAACUAGGAAUGAAACCUCUUAAAGACUAGUCUCUCUUAUUAUGCUUAUUUGUGGUUAUUAUGUCAUGUAUCUCCACUUGACCAUGAUUUCCUGUUGUGCAACUUAAUUUUUGUUGUCUUGAAGUGGUAGAGUCUUUAAUAUACCGGGUUUCUUGAAUCAGUGGAA